AUUUGCAAUUUUGCAUCACAGCAUCAGCCGCCUCCCUCUUCCUCAAGAGUCAAGUUUCAUUCCAUCGCCCGGAGUCUCGGACCAUCGCGUCGUCGUCGUCGACGCUCCACCAAGGAACCAAGCCACUUCCCGCCGCCGACGUCGACCCACCUCCUCUCGUUGCUGGUCGCCAUCCGCGGAGUAGCUGUUCGCUCCCUCCUCUCAUUUGCAAGCUUCCACUCCGUCCCGACGCGACCCAUGAAGCCUCCGCCCUCAACUCCGUCCCGUCGGCGACCGCCUCCGAUCAGCUCGACGACGACGCGCGACCAGCUAGUCAGCAUCUCGUCGCCCUCCGUUCCAAGAGAUGACCCAGGAAGCCUCCGCUCCAAAGACGACCCUGCAUCUCGUCUCGUCGCCCUCCGUUCGUCUACUAGCACAGUCGGCAACAGCUACAAAAGUCAGAAAUAUGGAAGGGAGCAGCAGCUGGUUUACAAUGCUAUUAUGGUGGAUGAGGCGGAAAGGUGUGAGCAUGUGAGUGGACACGAAGGUACAAGUACGAGCAAUGUCGGAGGGAGUGAUGUGUUUGGCUCGAGGAGUGGAACAAAUCAAGGAGGUGGAUCUAAUGCUUCAUUUGUUUCUCUUGAUCCUAAUGAGUAGAAAUGGUAUGGUGAAUUUGUUAUUUUGGAGUGAAUUUGGUGUUUGAUGUCUAAACUUUGGUUGUGAACUUGUGAGUUGUGAUGCACUUUAUUUUUAUUUUGAAGUUUGAAUUGGACUUUGAGUUUGUAAUAGACAUUAUUGAUGGUUGUGAUUUUGUAUUAGACUAUGUUUGGCU